AUGAAUGAACGAAAGAAGCCUUCAAAUCAUCACAAUCAUCAUACUUUGGAAUCAUUGAGGGAAUUAUUAAAAUUAUUAAUCGAAUUUAAAUAUUAUCAUCAUUACGAUCAUGAUGAUGAAAGAGCGAAUGAUAACAAAUUGCUCAAUGAACAUUCAAGAAUGAUGAUGGAAAGAAUUGAAUUCCCUCUCCGAAUUUAUGUUUAUCCACUGAGUGAAAAUGGAAAGCAAAUGUAUGAGAGAACUAUAGACAUGUGUAAGAAUCAUUCCUUUGAUAAUGAGGAAAUGACCUUCUUUCCACAUGCCUAUAUUGAUUGCUAUUUAAUUGAUUUUAUCAUGUUGAAUACUUCUAAUUACUAUGAUGGAAAUUUGAUAAAAAGAGUGAAUAAUAUUGAGGAGGCAAAUAUUGCAUACAUUCCAAUUCCUCUCGUAAUGAAUUUCUAUGAUAAUAUUAAAAAGGAGGGAGAGAAGGAUUUUCUAAACUUGACAGAAAAGAUUAAAUCUGAUUUUUACAAUGAAAUGAUUUACAAUACUGAAAUGGAAGAUAAUUUUGAAAAAGUUCCACAUUUUGUAACGUAUUCCUUUGUUUCGUAUAGACUUUCAUUUAGUGGAAUUCCAAAACAGGUUAAAAUUGUAACGUUGGAAAAUGUGGCAAUUAGUGGUUCACCACAGAAUGCUUGGUAUGAUAAUGGAUGUCAAGAUAGAUGCCUCACCAUUCCAUAUGCAACCAUUUUUGAUUGGCCAUCAGCAUAUAAUGAAAGUUCUAACACUCUCUAUGCAGAGGAUUAUACACACAAUUGGAAGAAUAGACCCUAUCUUCUCUCAUUCAUUGGUUCAUUGAAUAGAACUGAAAUUCUAUUCACUCAUAGAUAUCAUCUUGUGACCAAGUUGAGCGAAUUCAGAGGUAGAUAUUUUCAUACAUUCAAGGAAUCAAUUUCUACGAGUAGUAAUAUUGAAAUUUAUGGAAAAUCCAAAUUUUGUUUACAACUUCAUGGAGAUACACCAACUAGAAAUGCAUUCUAUGAAUCCUUGCUCAUGGGUUGCAUACCAGUCAUUACUGAGAAGACAUUUAUUAGUUAUCGAUCACUUUUUGGAUAUUUAUUACCAGUUGAGGAAUUUACAAUUGUAAUUGAUAACAAGUAUGCUGAAGAACAUGUUCCUGUAAAGGAAAUUAUUGAGAGAUUGAAUCAAAUUGAUAGGAAUGGUGAAUAUUUGAGAAUGUUGAACAUUUUCAAAUCCAUUUCCUUUUUCCUUCGAUACAAACAUGCUCAAUCAUCAAAUCUACUUGCUAUUCUAUCUAUCUUGAGUGCACAGAUACCACUUUCAAUUCCUCCAAGAUAUAACAAUCGUCCCAGAGAUGAACAACAUGACAAUUUUAAUCCUAUUGAUAUAUUUAUGGGAAGACCAAUUGAAAAAGUUUACAAGUGGAUGAAUUUAUCAAUUCCUAAAUUUAACAUGACAAUGAAAAUGGAAAAUUGUGGAGAAUUUACUUGUAAAAUUUACAUUCCACAAUUCUAUCAUGAAUUAACAAUUGAUUCCCUAUCAACACAUAAUAGCAUUGAUCAUUUACCAACUCUAAUGGAAUUUGCACUUAUUCAACGAUUGAAGAAUGAAAAUAUUCUCACCAGCAAUACUGAACAUGCCAAUUUGAUAUUCUAUCCAUUUAAUCUCAAUGUGAUAUUCAAUCAACAUGUAUUGGAUCAACAAGUGAAACAAGUUGGAAUUCAGAAGAAGGGAUUUCUCAUUAGCAACAACACUGGAAAUGAACAAAUACCAAAAAUUAUUGAAAAUCUAAACAAAAUUCAAUCCAUUUUCAAUAAUUUCACCAUUUAUACAUUAUCACCACAUGCAAUUGAGCAAAAGAAUGUGAAAACUCUACCAUUCACAACCAUUGAACUUUUUGAUUCCAAUUUCCAUCAAAUUUCCACUUCUUUCAAUAGAAAUUCUCUACUUUGUCAAUUAAUUGAAGAAAAUUUCAAUGGGGAGGAAAAUCAAAUUGCGGAAAUGUUGGAAAUUCACUUUGGAAAUGAUUAUCCACAUUUAUUCUCUAAAAAGGUCAAUUCGAUCGAAUUACUGAACUGUACCUAUGUCAUCAUGUCAAAUGUAAAUCCAUCAAAAUUAUUACAUCAAUCAAUUCGACAUGGCUCAAUACCCAUUUCUUUAAAUUCCAAUAAUCAGGACCUUAAUGCAUUAUUACCACAUCAAGUUAUUGAUCGAUCUCAAAUAAUUCUUGAAAUUCCAAAACCAAUUCAAAAACUUUACAAAAAUUUGGAAUUUUUCUCAAAUUGGCUGAUUCGAUUUUUACAAAAUAUUUCACAUGAAGAAAUUCAAGCAAGAAGACAAGCAAUGACAAAGUUAAAAAGUUAUUUUAAUUUAUCGAAUGAAAAACAUGGUGGUAAAUAUGAUUUAGCUGAUCUUGUCUUGUGUUCCCUUAACUGUCACUAA